AUGAACGUGGACGUUAUAGAUGCGACGGCGGAGGCACUUCCGCUGGAGCUGCUGAACGCAACAAACAAGGAGCUGACGGCGCAGCUGUCGCGCCACGAGCAGCUGUGCGAUGAUAAGGUACGUGAGAUAGAAGACCUGCGGCGGCGGCUACAGUUCAUGAAGGAGCAUCUCAGCAACGUGCGCGGGGAGGUCGUGAACACCCAGAGCCUGGUGGAGUGCAAGCGGCGUGAGGUGGAGUCGGGGACGCACAUGUACCGCCUUCUCGACCGCGAGUGCGGCCGGCUGAAGCAGGGGAAAGCGCAGAUGCAGGCGCAGCAUGCGGAGGUGCAGGAGCGGCUUCUGGCGGUGCAGAACUGCAUCUUCCA